AUGUCGAAAAACAUACUUGCUAUUGGCACGUCCGGUCUUGGAAAAACGACUCUUUGCCGUUUACUUUGUGAUGGUAACGUUAAUGGUUCAGAUGGUUCCGAGUCAGCAACAGAAGAAGUAGUUAUUCAUGAGGGAAACGGAUUUCGUUAUAUCGAUACCCCUGGUCUCGAUGACUCACACGGAAAGACUGACGAGGACAUAUUUUGUGAAAUUCUGCGUAAAUUCCAAAACAAUAGUACAGAUAAUAGGUUCCAGGUUGACAUUAUUUUAUGGUUUUGCGAAGACAAUGUACGCGAAUUAAAUCACUUUCAAAGAGCGGCCAAGUUUAUACAAAGAUUUAUAGAAUAUACAGACUAUGAUUAUUCGGAGAACUUAUGGAACAGCGUCUUGAUUGUAUUUAAGUCAGUCAAUUCUGUAAGCGGACCUAAAUCUGCUGCUAAGAAAGUCUGCCAAUCAUUUUCUCAAAAGAAAAACAUCACAUUUAACGAUGACAGGUUCUCGGUUGAUAAUUUUCCGUGUUUGAUUUAUGACCUUGAUAAAAAUUCGAAAGAUUACAAAUUUUGGGGUAAACAUACUCCUGAAGAUCGAAAAAUGUACAAUGUCUAUUGUCAACACGAAGUUAGGUCAGAACUUAUCCGAUUAAUUUCAAACCGUAAACCGAUUCAUAUUUGCUUCGUACAAGCGAGAUGCCGUAAAUGCAAUGCAAAAGGAGAUCCUAGACUUUUUGAUGGAUUAUGCCAUGAAAAUCCAAUUUUAAAUCACCAAAUAGAAGAUAUAAUUUAUCACCACAGAGAUUUUGGGUACUAUCACAGUGAGGCUUCCAUUCUAGAACACGAGCCAGAUUUAUCCUUUGUUGAAAAUCUUCAAGAAACGCAAGCUGGGAAUGUCAUCGAAACAGUUGGGAGUGUUGCGAAAGUUGCUGGGAGUGUUGCGAGUGUUGCUGGGAGUGUUAUAAGUGCUGGGAGUGUUGCGGGUGUUGGAAAUGUUGCAAAUAGUGGGACUGUUGAGAGUGGGUUAUUAGCAACUGCUUCGACAAUAUUACUUAAUUUUGGAAUGCGUGUUAAAGAACAAAUUUCGAGUUCUGCUAUGGUUAUUGGUGUCAGCUCCAUUGCCGUCGCUAGUGCUCUUGCUGGUUACUAUGCUUAUGAUAAACUUAAUGAA